ACUUCGGUCAUCAGUUUUGUUUCUGAUGAUUAUUGAUGUUUCUGGUGCACUGAGUUAGAAAAUCAUGUCGAGGUCUUCAUUUGAGGAGGAUUUGCUUUGUCCUGUGUGCUGCGACAUUUUUGUAAAUCCUGUAGUUCUUUCCUGUAGUCACAGCAUCUGUGAAGAUUGUAUUCAGAGGUUUUGGGAAAAUAAAAAACUUAAAGAAUGUCCAGUUUGCAGAAGGAGAUCUUCAAAGGAACAUCCUCCGUUAAAUCUGGUUUUGAGGAACCUGUGUGAGACCUACCAACAGAAGCCGAGUCAGAGAUCUUCAUUUGGAGGUGAAACUGUAUGCGGUGUUCACAAUGAGAAGCUCAAGCUCUUCUGUUUGGAUGAUCAGCAGCCCGUGUGUUUGGUGUGUCGAGAUUCCAGAAAACAUGCAAACCACCGUUUCUGUCCCAUAGAUGAAGCUGUGAUGGACAAUAAGAAGAUGCUCAAAGUUGCCCUGGAACGAUUAAAGGAAAAACAGAGAAUAUUUGAGAAUUUUAAACAGAGUUGUAAUGAAGAUGAUCAACAAAUUAAGUUUAACGCUGAAGACGCUGAGAAGCAGAUAAAGGAGGAGUUUGAGGAACUUCACCAGUUUCUACGUGAUGAAGAAGCUGCCAGAAUAAAAGCCCUGAGAGAAGAAGAGAAACGGAGGUGUCAGAAGAUAAAGCAGGAGAUUAAGGAGAUAAGCAAACACAUUUCGUCUCUCUCAUGUACAAUCAGAGACAUAGAGGAGCAGAUGAAAGCUGAAGAUGUUUCAUUUUUGCAGAACAUAAACGCCACGUUGCAAAGAGCUCAGUGUAACCCGCCAGUUUCCAAACCUAAUCCAGCAGUGAUCAAUUUUUCAAAUCACCUGACCAACCUGAAAUUCACUGUUUUACAGAAGAUGCAGGAAAAUUUUGGUAAAACUUCAUACUUUAACUCUCAUCAAUCAGAAUUCCAUUUUGAUCUCGCUGCAAUGGACAUUUUUGAUAAUCCAGAGAAAUAUGAAGAAUAUGAAGAUUUCCCGACUGGUGGAGGAAACAGUACAAACAUUGUAUGGGUCCCACAGUUCAAUGAAGAUCAGUCUCCAUGGGAGGUUCAUCCAGUCCGUACAAAUAUUCCCGAAUUCCCCCAAACUCAUGUUCGGUCAUCUAGAGGCAGAGGGCGCAAUUUAAGGAAAGGUCCACCAACAUCAUGUUGGUCUUCAAGAUAUGAUCAUCUGUGACAAGGAGGGGAGAGCAAUUUUUGAAGGGGACACAAAUAAUACAGCUUAAAUUGUACUUGUAAUAGAUGUACAUAGCAUGCUGUUUAAAUAUGAGUUUGGUUUAUAGGUUCAUCACGCGGUCAUAUUAUAAUUAUUUAAUUAUUUUGCGUCCUCCACAUAGUAUUUCAGGUUUCGUCUGGGACUGAGAACGUCUCUUAUUUAUAUAUUCACCUGCAGCAAGCCCACUGAUCUGCCACUUAACAUCAUAUUAAGCAACACCCAACACGUCGGUAGGUUUACAAUAUUGGCCUAAUAUCAGUUCACACCAGGGGCGGACUGGGACAAAAUUUCAGGCCGGGAAAUCUCACACUUAUCAAGGCCAUCCCAUACACCCACACCAAAUUUUGAAACCACGGACAGCAAUAUAUAUAUAUAUUUAUAUGGCCAUCAUAAUCAUCACAUAAAGAAGUUUAAAUCGGCUGGGGCUGUGGUAUCUCUUUAACUUCCAGUUUCCUUUUUAGUCUCUUUUAAUCUCUCUGUAUCUCUUUUUUACAAAUUUUCUUGUAUUUGUUUCCACAUAGCAAUGUUGCCUACAUUUAUUUUUGAGAAACUGAAGUAUUAUAUUAGAACCAUGUGUUAUUGUUUUAGUUUGCCUAAAUGUCAAAAUCAGUACAAUUAUAGUUACAUUUUGAAUAUAUCUUUAUAGAAACAUCUUAAAACUGAACAUGUUUUUGGUUUUAUUUUGAUUAAAAACACGGUUAAUUUUCAUAGGGGGUGUUGUCGGCUAAAUCCCUAGUCUUUACAAUUGUAAUUAUGUCCUUUUGUUAUUUUUGCAGUAAUUGACUGCUACUGCUAACAUUUACUAGCAGUUUAAUGCUUAACUACAAAGACAAAACUUGCCGCUUUGCCAGUCAAGACUAACCGAUUCAUUCCAAAUGAAUCACUUUUAUACAUUCGACAGGCAACAAAAACAACAUCAACUCAAAAAAAAAAAAAAAAAAAGGAGGGCAGUGGGCCAACUUGGAUUAGGAUAUCAUCAUUUUUUGUCAUGACUAAUAUAUGAAUGAUCCAGCAUUCUCUGUAUUAAAGAGAAAGAAUCACUUCACCCGAUGUUUAAUGUGAAUAACAGUCUUACACAUAAUUACUGAAGAACUUUGCGCUCUCCCACCGUUAUCGGCAAAGGAGGGUAAAGCAGGCAGUGGACCAAACCACUGUUAGGCAAGGGAGGGGGGACUUAAAACAUUUUUGAACUUAAAACAUUUUUUCGCCUUUAUAUUGUUUUACUACUUAAACAUUUAUUUGAAGUAUAUGUCCAUUAUAUUAUUUACAAUACACAGAGUUGAUUGUAAUUAUAUUUUUGCCCGUGAUUUACGGCCAUGAUCAGUGACAUUAAUCGUAUUUAG